AUGCACAAGCUCAAGUCUAAGAUUGCAGACAUGCAGAAUCAUCACCAUCAGACGACUGCUAUCCCCCGGAAGCCUGUUCCAAACGACAACACGAGGAAUCGACGAUCGACAGACAGCAUGCCAAACUCGCCCACGAUACGCAUGGUCCCCAACAGAGACAGUGUCCUGGACAACACAGACACAAACAAAGACGACGAUGCAGAUGCCCUUGCUCCGGCGCUCUCUCAAAUGGAUCUUGGGGGUUCCUUUCGAAACAGUAUGGAUAGCACAGGACUAGUGACACCACCCCAAAGUCCUACCCAACACAAGAUUCCUAGGAGGAGUCUCGAAAAACCUCUCCCAAGCGUGCCAUCCCACGACGAAAACGAUUACGGAGCUGCGCAGCCACGACGUGACAUUUCGUCAGCAGAUCUCGAGCGAAAACUUGGUGUCGACGGUGUGUUGGACCUAGACCACACCGAAGACACCACCAUCCACGAGCGCAUGGCCCCCGCGGUGGUUCACAACACCGUCAGACGCGAUGUACAUGAGAUAGUACAUGAGCAACGGACGCGCGACAUCCACGAACACCACGUCCAUCACCGAAUACUGCCAAUCAUGGAUAUUGAAGUUAAACCCGCAAGACAUUUCAUCAAGGAUGAUGAGGGAAGAUGCACCGAAAUUUCCGAAAGCCAGAUACCCGGUCGCGCUUCAAAGCAUACCCAGCGAGUAGUCGAGGAGGUGUGGAAGGACACGCUGCCCAAGACUAAAAGCCAGCCCGGGCCCAGACUAUUCAGUGCUCGCGAUUUCUCUGGUUCGCAAGGCGAUGCCUGGGCUGCUGAGACGCCUGAAGGUGCCAAGCUGACCGAGCAAUGGACUGGUCGACUGAACAUGGCUGGUGUCGGCGAGCCAGAGCGGCGGCAAAUACUCGACCUACUCAAAAGGAACUUCGAGCUGAAAUCAAUGCCACCAGAGACUGCGGAGAAGUAUGGAGAUAAGAUACUGUCCGGAAGCGAUAAUGUCUGGAUACGUCAACUGGCGAGUGCGUUGCAAAGCGAGAAACCUGAUAUCUUUGCCGGGCUCGACGGAACGCCGAAAGCCAGCGCAUCGAAAGCACCUGAUGUUGCGACCCUCCUGUCUAUGCAAGAUGAGAACGAGCGGGUUGCAUCUGCGUCGUCUCGAUGCGGUCAGAAACGGUCGGCUGCUGGAGCAGACGCCAUAUUCUCGAAAAUCGAAAAUGCAACGAAGGAAGGCCAUGCCCUGAAGGAGAGCAGGCAUUUCGUUCCGAUCAUUGAGCCUUAUCCACCGUGUGUCUUACCUCUCAAAGACCUCAAGACGGUCAAGCUCUCAGAUCUCACACAAGAGACACAUCAUCGUGGACGCGCUCUACUUAUCCAACGAGUAAGUCCUGUCGCUCGUGAAGGCACAGCUCUUAUCAGUGCGAUCAAAGAUGACAAUGGAGAUGUCGAAAACAUUGAACUCCAUCAUGUAGACACUGCUCUGGAAGACCACAUGUUACCGGAACGAAGAACAAUUGUUAUUAAAGAACCGUACCUUACACUGCGGCGUGACGGCACUGCAACGAUCCGCAUUGAUCACCCUACGGACAUUGUGCUGGGAAAUCACGACCUGAAGGUAGGCGGACCGAAAGGGAAGGAGGCCAAAACAGCAUCACAGUGGAAGCAGACAGGAAACGAACUGUUGGGUCAAAAGAAACUGUGGCAGGCUCGGGACGCCUAUCGGAAUGGAUCUGUUGUUGCAGGCGCAGACGAGCAGAGGCUCAUACUCGACCUCGCACGGAACCUCGCUAGAGUGGACCUCGAUCUUGGAAGGUACGACGAAGCUGUGGAUGCUGCUACAAAGGCUGUGUCGGACGGUUCUGAUUCUUCUAUGAACACCCUCGACGGCAAAGCGCACUACCGAGCCGCCAGUGCCAGCUACAACCUCAGAGAGUAUGGGAAGGCUCAAGACUGCUUGAGUAAGCUCAUCAAACUGGACAAGAACGAUGCAGAAGGCAACCGAGAGAUGCAGAGAGUACAGGCUCGCCUCGCAGAGAAGAAAUCUGGCAAGUAUGAAUUCGACAAGUUGGUUGGCAAGUUGUCACCGCAGGCGCCCCGCGCAGACAUUGCCGACUACACUGAACCAGUUGAAGUCAAGGAAGCGCCGGUUGGCGGCAGAGGCCUGUUCGCUACACAGGACUUGAAGACAGGGGACCUUGUCCUGUGCGAGAAAGCAUUCAGCUCGCUUUUCGAGAAGGACAAGAAUUGGUUCGCAGCUUGGGAGUACAAUCACGGCAAGCUAUCUAUGGCUUCAUCUACGGUGGCAUUGUGGGAUCAGGUUAUGCAGAAGGUGCUGCAGAACCCAUCCACUAUCGAAGAGGUCACGCAACUGGUCGGAGAUUAUGCCGGACUUGGCGCAAUGAAGGUUCACGUGGACGACAUGAAUGUAGUGGAUGCUUUUCAAGUCCGCUCCAUCAUUGAAUCAAACACCUUCGGCAUACCUACACCAUCGAAGCAAGCCCAGACCAGACCAUUCGGCUUUACAGCCGAGUUCCAGCAGGAAGGCCAUCUCGGCGAUAACACUGGACUAUUCUUGAAGACGUCCAUGAUGAAUCACUCGUGCGUUCCAAACACCAGAAAAGUCUUCGUCGGAGAUGCGAUUGUCAUUCGUGCGACUAGACCAAUCAAGAAGGGCGAGGAGCUGGUACAAUCGUAUGCGCAGACUGAUGCUGACGUAGCCGAAAGAAGAGGGAUGCUGGAGUCGACAUGGCACUUCCGAUGCAACUGCAAGCUGUGCGCCGUAGAAGAGAGGGAGUCCGAAGACAAGCGGAAGAAUCGAGAAGAUCUCGAAAGCCGCGCAAAUCAAUUGGGCAUGGCGAUCAAGAAUGGCUCAGCCGGAUCACAGGGAGUCUCGAAAGCCGACGUCCUUCUGAAAAGCAUCAAAGGCACUUACGAUCCAGACCUAUACAAGCCUCUGCCUCGUAAAGCAGGCAUGUACCUGCAUGUCGGGCUCAUCCAUCAUUAUGCGCGGCAGAACCAGCGUACGAGGUGCACCUCAAUGAUUACUUCGCUCUUCGAAAUGCUCGGCUGGAAACUGGACAUUGGAGGAGGCAAAGCUGAGCUAGACCGCAAGGAGGACAGCGAGACACACAUCGUGCCCGAGCUGGUAGACGUGCUGUUGUUGGCGCGAUCAAUGCAGCUGUAUUCGGGUGGGAGAAGCCGGCAGACCGAGCAGCUGGAGAGCAUAGCUAGGGAGCUUUACCUUGCGAUAAACGGUGUUCCUUGUGGGUGGGAACCAUUCCUUAGGAGCAAGACGUGA